GGUUGAAAAAUGCCCAGGAGAAAGUUUGCAGAUGAAGAAGUGGUAAUGGGUAGAUGGCCUGGAAGUGUGUUAUACUAUGAAGUAAAAGUAAUCAGCUAUAAUGAACAUACACAUCUUUAUACAGUUAAAUAUGAAGAUGGAACUGAACUUAAUCUGAAAGAAAAUGAUAUGAGGUCUGUCUCAUCUUUUCGAUUUAGAAAAAGCAGCUCUUCCUCAGGUUCUCCAUCAAGACGGAGUGGUAGCAGAUCUAGAUCAGGCUCUAGAUCUCGUUCACCUGGUCGACCAGCAAAACACAAACGUCGUUCUUCUUCCCGAAGCAGAGAACCAAAAAAUGAAAAUAAUAUUGGGGAACCUAAUCUGACUCCUUUGAGGCUUCAUGAAAAUAAUACAAAUCAGUAUAAUGGGGAGCCAGAUAUCACAGAAGUGAAUUAUUCUACUCAUGCCACUUUAGAGCGGCAAAGAAUUGAAUCUGUGCGAAGAAGAGAACGCAUUCUGGAACAAUAUAAUUUGCAUCCUAGAAAGGAGGAGAAGGGAAGAGAGGAGAUGUAUUCAGAAGAGAAAAAUUUUGAAACACCAAAAAGUAUUGAAAAAGUAUGCUGGAAGACAAAAGAACUGGAAUUUGGAGGAAAAAUCGGUGCCUUCUUUAUGAUAUUUCUUCUGCCUGGAACCGUGUUCUGCCUGUUGUUAAUGUGCUCACAGAAAGACCCUAGUCUUCUGAAUUUUCCUCCUCCACUACCAGCUUUCCAAAAUUUAUGGGAGACGAGAGUGUUUGGUGUCUUUCUUCUUUGGUUCUUUCUCCAAGCCCUAUUUUACUUACUACCGAUAGGAAAGAUUGUAGAAGGGGUACCACUUUGGAAUGGAAUUAGACUGGAGUAUAGAAUAAAUGGAAUCUACGCUUUUAUCCUAACAGCUAUAGCUGUUGGAAUUUCUCUAUACUUUGAAAUGGAGUUUUAUUAUUUAUAUGACCACUUCCUGCAAUUUGCUAUUUGUGCUACAAUUUUUAGUUUUUUGUUGAGCAUUUAUCUCUAUGCCCGUUCUCUGAAAGCACCUGAGCAUGAAUUAUCCCAUGGAGGAAAUUCUGGGAAUAUCUUUUAUGAUUUUUUUAUGGGACGUGAAUUAAAUCCUCGCAUUGGAAAUUUUGAUCUGAAAUACUUUUGCGAGUUACGACCAGGGCUAAUUGGUUGGACUGUUAUUAACUUGGCCAUGCUUUUCACUGAGAUGAAAGUGCAAGAUCGGAACAUGCCCUCUCUGUCAAUGAUACUUGUUAAUAGUUUCCAGCUCAUCUAUGUGGUGGAUUCUCUUUGGCAUGAGGAAGCAAUUUUAACAACAAUGGACAUCACAAAUGAAGGGUUUGGAUUCAUGCUAGCAUUUGGAGACUUAGUAUGGGUUCCCUUUCUCUACAGUUUACAAGCUUUCUAUUUAGUGAAUAAUCCAAAUGAGAUUUCAUGGCCUGCAGCUUCUGCCAUCCUGACUCUAAAUAUUGUUGGCUAUUACAUUUUCCGUGCUGCCAACUCACAAAAGAAUUUAUUUAGAAGAAAUCCAAAGGAUCCAAAAGUUGCUCAUUUGAAUGUUAUUCCUACUGCAACGGGAAAAAACCUCCUUGUAUCUGGCUGGUGGGGCUUUGUGCGUCAUCCUAAUUAUUUAGGUGAUAUCAUUAUGGCCCUGGCUUGGUCCCUACCUUGUGGAUUCAAUCAUAUUUUACCAUAUUUCUAUGUCAUAUAUUUUACUGGUUUGCUUAUUCACCGAGAAGCCCGUGAUGAACACCAAUGUAAGAAAAAAUACGGUUUGGCAUGGGAAAAAUACUGUCAGCGUGUACCGUACCGCAUAUUUCCAUACAUCUAUUGAGCAACAUCUGAUGCAAGAUACAGAGUUUCGGCAAUGAAACCUUUGGUGUAUACAUCAUACCUCUUACCUUUGCACUUGGAAUAUAUAAUAAUUGUACUGGAUGUUCUUAAAAAUACAUUUUGAUAGGUCAUUUCCAGAUAUUUACCAGCCAUCUAAUUGAUGCAGCCUUAUAAUUUUUAACCACUUGCCAUUUUAAGUGACUUUUUUUUAUUAGAAAUAAUAAACUAGUUGUAUAGUGCAUGAAAAGUAUUAAGUAAUUUGUAUGCUUUAUAAACUGGUUAUGAGUAAUGUUUAUUUUUUGUCCUGUAAGAAAGAAAACCAAAUUUAGGGCUUAAUUACCAAUAUUUUCUUUAUAAUUUUAUUUUGUAUUUUUAGUAUUCAUAGUACCUUGGUCAAAAAGCAUCAUAUAAAACAGCAGUAUACUAAGAUCCAAUGAAAAGCAACAUUUACUAUGUUCCAGCUUCCUAAUUAUAUUUGUUCUUACUCAUUUUUCCUGAUUCCCUUGAGGAUUUGGGCAGAUGGAGGUUAGAGCGGAGUUAUAAAUAUGACUCUUCUGCCUCAUAAAAACAGGCUCCAUUUAAGUUGUAGACAAGAUUUUAACAUGUAGUUGAGUGUUGAGUGCAGUUGUAAGGGGAUAUAUAAAAAUGUCCCAUACCACUCUAUGGAAUAUCUCAGGUUUGAAAAUAUUAGUGGUAAAAAACAUUAGAGAUUUAUUUAGUGAUAAUAGAAAGUAGUGCAAAAUAUGAAAUAUUGUACAAACUGGAAAAAAGCUUUUUCCCCUAUGAACCAUUGCUUUACACUGCAGCUUUCCUUUAUAAUAUUGAAAGAGUUUGUUUUACAAUAUUUGGCUGUAAAAUGGAAUUGUUUUUCAAGUUUGGAUUUUUUUAAAUUAUAACCAUUUGCGUAUUUUUUAAAAAAAAUGUAAAGUAUUGUAUUAUUGUGAAAUAUUUUAAGAGCUAAUGACUUCAUUUAAAUAUGGUGAUGCAUUAUGAAAAAAGGAAACUAUUCAACUUUUACAACUUGGCAUUACUACCUCAAAGUAGGUUAUUUUGCCUUUUUAUAUUGUUAUGUAGGGAAAAGAUUGCUUUUUAAAUUAGCUUUUAAAUAAGAAAUGGAAAUUAAAAUCAACUAUAUAAGCACUAAUGCAUUUUUUUAUAUUUUUGUAUUAAUAUCUCUUAACUAUAGCUAUAGAAUAUAAGAAAUUCAUAGCUUUAACAAUAGUAAUUUUACUGUUAAAGUUUUUAUUGAAAUGCCUGUAAUUGACAAAACAAUUGCUAUUUUAAUAUAUAAAGUUUGAAGGCAAAGGUAUUGAAAUAUUUUUUUCAAACCGUGGAUUUCAUAAUUUUAUAGCAGUCAGAAAAGGUAGCCAUUUAAUAUCUGUGUAAAGCACCCAUAGUUUGUAUAUAUGAAUAUGUAGCAUAUUCUUUAUAACUUUUGCUUUUAAUUUUAAUGCAGCUAAUACUACUUUCAAAAUAUUGUGCAGCAAUAAUUACUGUGAAAUAUUACACAAUAUAGCAGAGCCUCUUUUCUUCUCCUUCCGUCUACUAUAUUUUAUGUAUCUACUAGCUUUUGCUGGGCAUUGUGUGCCUUUAUAAAAAUGUGGAUUCAGUCUAUUUAACCUAAUAAGUUGCCCAGUUUUGAAAUAGAAGGAAUUUAGCAUUUGGUAAUCUUUAUUCCUUAUAUAUUUAUAAGGACUGUUUUAGUUUUGAACAAAACUAUUUUAAAUUUAGAUUGUAGUAAUUAAAUUUGGGGUUUCGGGGCAAUAACUAUUGCACAUAUGAUAAUGGCAUUUUUGAUUCUGUGAUGAUUAUGCUCCAACCCCCAAGCACUCUCCGGAACUUUGGAACUACAUUUUAUAUAUUUCUGUUGGCUAGACUAACUAGAUUUGAUGGAGGUUGUGGCCCUGAACACUUUUAAUAGGGCUGAUAUCUAUAAGCAAUAUAGGUAGUAUAGACAUUCCAUGAUUUUCAGGUAUUCUACAUACACUUUCUGAAGAAAGGAUUUUUUAAGAUAACUCUAUAGCCCCAGGAGUAUAGUUCCAAUUAAAAUAAACAGCAAUUUGUCAUCAUUAUUGUUUUUCUUUUUACUUUAGAAUGUACUUUUAGAUUUCAUUUCAUGAACAAUAACUUGCAUAAUUAAACAUUAGUCCAAAAAUUG